GAGGAGAGAGAGAGAGGUGAUCGGGGGAUCGGGAUCGAUCGAUUGGAGGAUCUUCGGAUGCGGUCCGGGGAGAUGAAGUUCUCGGCGCUGGAUCUGAUGUCGGCGAUCCUGACCGGGAAGUACGACGGGGAGGGGGUGGCGCCGGAGAUCCGGGGGAUUGCCGGCAACCGGGAACUGCUGGCUGUGCUUACUACGUCUGUGGCUGUGCUGCUCGGCUGCGCGCUCCUGCUGCUCUGGCGGAGAUCCGGCGGCAAGAAGGAAACCCCGGCGGUCGAGCCGCCACGGCCGCUGGCGGUCAGGGACGAGCCGGGGCACGAGGUCGAUGACGGGAGGAAGAAGGUCACCGUCUUCUUUGGUACCCAGACUGGUACCGCGGAAGGGUUCGCCAAGUCUCUGACCGAGGAGGCGAGGGCUCGAUAUGAGAAGGCUGUCUUCAAAGUUGUUGAUCUGGAUGAUUACGCAGCUGAUGAUGAUGAGUACGAGGAGAAGAUGAAGAAAGAGACUCUGGCGUUGUUCUUCUUGGCAACUUAUGGAGAUGGUGAACCAACGGAUAAUGCUGCUAGGUUCUAUAAAUGGUUUACGGAGGGGAAAGAGAGAGGGGUUUGGCUUCAGAAUCUUCAAUAUGCUGUGUUUGGUCUGGGGAACAGACAGUACGAGCAUUUCAACAAGGUCGGAAAGGUGGUGGAUGAGAUCCUUGCCGAACAAGGUGGGAAGCGCCUAAUUCCAGUGGGCCUUGGAGAUGAUGAUCAGUGUAUUGAGGAUGACUUUACUUCAUGGAAGGAGCUGGUGUGGCCAGAGUUGGAUCAAUUGCUUCGAGAUGAAGAUGAUGCACCGGGUGCAUCUACCCAUUACACUGCUGCCAUACCUGAAUACCGGGUUGUGUUCCUGGACGGCUUAAAUGCAUCACAUAUGGAGAGGAACUCGAGUCUGGCCAAUGGUCAUGCUGUUCAUGAUCUUCAACAUCCUUGCAGGUCUAAUGUGGCUGUGAGGCGGGAGCUACAUACACCAGCUUCUGAUCGUUCCUGCAUUCAUCUUGAGUUUGACAUUUUGGGAACUGGGCUUGCGUAUGAGACUGGAGACCAUGUUGGUGUUUAUUCAGAGAAUUGUGUUGAGACUGUGGAGGAGGCUGAAAGACUAUUAGGUUAUUCACCAGAUACAUUCUUCUCCCUACAUGCAAACAAAGAAGAUGGCACACCAUUAAGUAGCAGCUCUCUGCCACCUCCUUUCCCAACUCCUUGCACUUUGAGAACUGCACUUGCUCGAUAUGCUGACCUUCUAAAUUCACCAAAGAAGGCUGCUUUAGUUGCUCUAGCCGCUCAUGCUUCUAAUCCAACUGAAGCUGAACGAUUAAGAUAUCUAGCUUCACCUGCAGGAAAGGAUGAAUAUUCUCAAUGGAUAGUUGCAAGUCAGAGGAGCCUUCUUGAAGUUAUGGCUGAAUUUUCUUCAGCCAAGCCUCCUCUAGGUGUUUUCUUUGCAGCUAUAGCUCCUCGCUUGCAGCCUCGAUAUUAUUCUAUAUCAUCUUCUCCAAGGAAGGUACCUUCUAGAAUUCAUGUCACAUGUGCAUUAGUGCACGGACCAACACCAACAGGAAGGAUACAUAAAGGAGUUUGUUCAACCUGGAUGAAGAAUUCAGUCCCAUCGGAGGAGAGCCAAGAAUGUAGCUGGGCUCCUAUUUUUGUCAGACAAUCAAAUUUUAAAUUGCCUGCAGAUAACUCUGUGCCAAUUAUCAUGAUUGGACCCGGCACAGGACUGGCACCCUUUAGGGGCUUCUUGCAGGAAAGGUUGGCGCUCAAAGAGUCUGGAGCUGAACUUGGCCCUGCCAUUCUCUUCUUUGGUUCCAGGAACCGUAAAAUGGACUUCAUUUACGAGGAUGAGCUGAGCAAUUUUGUAAACACAGGGGCGCUGUCUGAGCUAAUUGUUGCUUUCUCUCGUGAAGGUCCAGCCAAAGAAUAUGUGCAGCACAAGAUGGCUGAGAAGGCUGUGGUCAUCUGGGACAUCAUCUCCAAGGGUGGUCAUAUAUAUGUUUGUGGUGAUGCUAAAGGCAUGGCUAGAGAUGUCCAGGGUCUCUGGAUAGCUCUAAGGCUGAGAGCAUGGUGAAGAAUCUGCAGAUGGAAGGGAGGUACUUGCGUGAUGUGUGGUGAGCGUCCCGUGAAAAGUUACUCUAGUACAACCGCCGAACUUACACGGGGAUUUUAAACUGGGAGUCCCUAUGUCACACCUUGGGAAGUACACGUUGUCUUUAAUUAUGAUUUUCCGAUCCUCGGAUUUUGCUGUGUAAUAUAAUAUGUCCUCUAUAUUUUUUAGUAGGAUACUUCAUUUGAGAGGAAUAAGAGUGCACUCUCUAUGUAGUUUCUUGAUAGGACCCCAACGGUUGGAAUGCGGAAGUCUUACCUCGGCCUUUGGUAAUUAUGUGUAAUUCACACAAUUUUACUAAGACCAUUGUAAUAAAGAAAUGGUGGUGAUGUUGAACUUUAA